GGGGGGUGGGGGGGAGGUGGGGGCGAAAGAAUGACCCACAAGAGAGGCCCAUUUGCUUUGGACAAUUGCAAUCUAUGGCUUUGAACAACGGCUGUUGACGAAAAUGGCCGAAGAAGAAGUUCGCCAACACCAACAUCUCCAACUGGGUCUCUGUCUUUGUCUCUUUCCCCGGUUCACUCCCUCAACCCCACCACCACUACCACCCUCUUUUACUCUCUCUCCCCUGAUAUUCCAUUUUUCUCUCCGGAAUUCUCUUGCUCUCCAUGGACCGUAACGACAAGCAGCAGCUUCCGCUUCAGCACCACCACCAUCAGCAGCUGUCGUUGGCAAACUGCGCACGGCAGCAAUGCAAUGAAUGGAUUUUUCGGGAUGUUCCAAGUGAUAUUACCAUACAAGCGAGCGGAGGAACAUUUCCAUUACAUAAGUUCCCACUCGUCUCUAGAAGUGGGCGAAUUCGAAAGUUAGUUGCAGAACAUAGGGAUUCUGCUAUCUCAACGGUGGAGCUUCUUAAUUUACCAGGAGGUGCAGAGUCGUUUGAGUUGGCAGCCAAAUUCUGUUAUGGGAUCAACUUUGAAAUUACGUCUAUGAAUGUUGCACAGCUAUGCUGUGUUUCUGAUUACCUUGAAAUGACUGAAGAGUUUUCAAAAGAUAACCUUGGUUCUCGCACUGAAGAAUAUCUUGAGAGUAUUGUUUGCAAGAACCUUGAAAUGUGUGUUGAAGUUUUGCAACAAUGUGAAAAUCUACUCCCUCUUGCUGAUGAGCUUAGAAUAGUUAGUCGUUGCAUAGAUUCAAUAGCCUCAAAGGCUUGUGCAGAGCAAAUUGCUUCAAGCUUCUCACGCUUAGAGUAUAGCAGCUCAGGGAGGCUUCAUAUGAACAGGCAAGCCAAGUGUGAUGGUGACUGGUGGAUAGAAGAUCUCUCUGUUCUGCGGAUUGACUUGUAUCAAAAAGUCAUGACAGCAAUGAAAUGUCGUGGGGUCCGUCCUGAGAGUAUUGGUGCAUCACUAAUGAGUUAUGCCCAGAAAGAGUUGACAAAGAAAUCCAGCUUGUGGAAUCCAUCUAGCCAGGCAAAAGUGGAUUUGCUUUCAGUUCCAACUGGACAUGAAAAACUUGUGGUUGAGACAAUUGUCAGCCUCUUGCCAGUGGAGAAACUUAUUGUUCCAAUAACUUUCCUUUUUGGGCUUUUGCGAAGUGCAGUAAUGCUUGAUUGCACAAUUGCUUGUAGACUUGAUCUGGAGAGGAGGAUUGGGUCCCAGUUGGAUAUUGCUACUCUUGAUGAUCUUUUGAUACCUUCUUUCAGGGAUGCAGGUGAUACCUUAUUUGAUGUUGAUACAGUUCAUAGGAUUUUGGUAAAUUUCUCACAGCAAGAUGAUAGUGAAGAUGAUAUGGAAGAUGCCUCUGUAUUUGAAUCUGAUAGUCCUCAUUCACCUUCCCAAUCUGCCUUGUUCAAAGUUGCAAAAUUAGUGGAUAAUUAUCUUGCCGAAAUUGCUCCUGAUGCAAAUCUCAAGCUGGUUAAGUUCAUGGUUAUUGCAGAUGCUUUACCAGCACACGCACGUACCAUUCAUGAUGGGUUGUAUCGAGCCAUUGAUAUUUACCUGAAAGCACAUCAAGGGUUAUCAGAGUUGGAUCGGAAGAAGCUAUGCAAAUUGAUUGAUCUCCAAAAGCUUUCUCAAGAAGCUGGUGCACAUGCUGCACAAAAUGAGCGCCUUCCUCUCCAGUCUAUUGUACAAGUGCUCUACUUUGAGCAGAUAAGGCUCCGAAAUUCCUUGAGCUGUUCCAAUGGAGAAGAUGACCAAAAGCCAGUGCACCAGUCAUGGCGGAUCAGCAGCGGUGCACUAAGUGCAGCAAUGUCUCCCCGAGACAACUAUGCAUCAUUGAGACGAGAAAAUCGUGAACUAAAACUUGAGCUAACACGGUUGCGGAUGAGACUAAAUGAUCUCGAGAAAGAACAUGUUUUUAUGAAGAGGGAUAUGGAGAAGUCCAACUCUCGUAAAUUUAUGAGUUCUUUCUCAAAGAAAAUUGGUAACUUGAGCUUCUUUGGACAUAGUUCUUCAAGGGAAUCAAGUUCCCCAUCAAAGCAUUCGCAUAGAACAGACUCUAAGGUUAUUGAGAGAACAUGUGCAAGCACAGAUUAGGUAAUUAACAUCAAUGGGAACUUUGUUUUUUCUUUUGUUUAUCACCUGUUAUCUCCUGUAUUUGUUGAGCAUUUGCAUGUUUUAUCUUUGGUGGGCUUUUUACUUUGUAACGUUUCUUUUUUCCUUUUAGUCCACCUUGUAAAUGAGUUCUGGUGCUUUGAGUUAGCAAGAGUAGCCUCUUGAUUGUAAGUGAUGGGCUUUGGUAAUUACUGCUUUAAUGUCUACACAAAUGUAAAAUAAUCUUUGAUGUGGACAUGCAUAAAAUGGUCAUUCUGUUA